AUGUGCUAUCAGAGCAGAGCCACUAAAGGGGACAGCGUUGCUGACGAGGUGCAUGUGGAAGAGGACCAUGGUCUCCUGAGUUGUCGACAGCUGAUUUGCUGGCAGCUGCGCAGGAGCAACAGGGGGCAGAAAGGUGGGCAGGCAGCAACAAGGGAGAUGAAAGAUGAUGAUGGUAGGGAAAUGCAUGAUGAUGAUGGUAGGGAAAUGCAUGAUGAUGAUGGUAGGGAAAUGCAUGAUGAUGAUGGUAGGGAAAUGCAUGAUGAUGAUGGUAGGGAAAUGCAUGAUGAUGAUGGUAGGGAAAUGCAUGAUGAUGAUGGUAGGGAAAUGCAUGAUGAUGAUGGUAGGGAAAUGCAUGAUGAUGAUGGUAGGGAAUUACAUGAUGAUGAUGGUAGGGAAUUACAUGAUGAUGAUGGUAGGGAAUUACAUGAUGAUGAUGGUAGGGAAUUACAUGAUGAUGAUGGUAGGGAAUUACAUGAUGAUGAUGGUAGGGAAUUACAUGAUGAUGAUGGUAGGGAAUUACAUGAUGAUGAUGGUAGGGAAUUACAUGAUGAUGAUGGUAGGGAAUUACAUGAUGAUGAUGGUAGGGAAUUACAUGAUGAUGAUGGUAGGGAAUUACAUGAUGAUGAUGGUAGGGAAUUACAUGAUGAUGAUGGUAGGGAAUUACAUGAUGAUGAUGGUAGGGAAUUACAUGAUGAUGAUGGUAGGGAAUUACAUGAUGAUGAUGGUAGGGAAUUACAUGAUGAUGAUGGUAGGGAAUUACAUGAUGAUGAUGGUAGGGAAUUACAUGAUGAUGAUGGUAGGGAAUUACAUGAUGAUGAUGGUAGGGAAUUACAUGAUGAUGAUGGUAGGGAAUUACAUGAUGAUGAUGGUAGGGAAUUACAUGAUGAUGAUGGUAGGGAAUUACAUGAUGAUGAUGGUAGGGAAUUACAUGAUGAUGAUGGUAGGGAAUUACAUGAUGAUGAUGGUAGGGAAUUACAUGAUGAUGAUGGUAGGGAAUUACAUGAUGAUGAUGGUAGGGAAUUACAUGAUGAUGAUGGUAGGGAAUUACAUGAUGAUGAUGGUAGGGAAUUACAUGAUGAUGAUGGUAGGGAAUUACAUGAUGAUGAUGGUAGGGAAUUACAUGAUGAUGAUGGUAGGGAAUUACAUGAUGAUGAUGGUAGGGAAUUACAUGAUGAUGAUGGUAGGGAAUUACAUGAUGAUGAUGGUAGGGAAUUACAUGAUGAUGAUGGUAGGGAAUUACAUGAUGAUGAUGGUAGGGAAUUACAUGAUGAUGAUGGUAGGGAAAUGCAUGAUGAUGAUGGUAGGGAAAUGCAUGAUGAUGAUGGUAGGGAAAUGCAUGAUGAUGAUGGUAGGGAAAUGCAUGAUGAUGAUGGUAGGGAAAUGCAUGAUGAUGAUGGUAGGGAAAUGCAUGAUGAUGAUGGUAGGGAAAUGCAUGAUGAUGAUGGUAGGGAAAUGCAUGAUGAUGAUGGUAGGGAAAUGCAUGAUGAUGAUGGUAGGGAAUUACAUGAUGAUGAUGGUAGGGAAUUACAUGAUGAUGAUGGUAGGGAAUUACAUGAUGAUGAUGGUAGGGAAUUACAUGAUGAUGAUGGUAGGGAAUUACAUGAUGAUGAUGGUAGGGAAUUACAUGAUGAUGAUGGUAGGGAAUUACAUGAUGAUGAUGGUAGGGAAUUACAUGAUGAUGAUGGUAGGGAAUUACAUGAUGAUGAUGGUAGGGAAUUACAUGAUGAUGAUGGUAGGGAAUUACAUGAUGAUGAUGGUAGGGAAUUACAUGAUGAUGAUGGUAGGGAAUUACAUGAUGAUGAUGGUAGGGAAUUACAUGAUGAUGAUGGUAGGGAAUUACAUGAUGAUGAUGGUAGGGAAUUACAUGAUGAUGAUGGUAGGGAAUUACAUGAUGAUGAUGGUAGGGAAUUACAUGAUGAUGAUGGUAGGGAAUUACAUGAUGAUGAUGGUAGGGAAUUACAUGAUGAUGAUGGUAGGGAAUUACAUGAUGAUGAUGGUAGGGAAUUACAUGAUGAUGAUGGUAGGGAAUUACAUGAUGAUGAUGGUAGGGAAUUACAUGAUGAUGAUGGUAGGGAAAUGCAUGAUGAUGAUGGUAGGGAAUUACAUGAUGAUGAUGGUAGGGAAAUGCAUGAUGAUGAUGGUAGGGAAAUGCAUGAUGAUGAUGGUAGGGAAAUGCAUGAUGAUGAUGGUAGGGAAAUGCAUGAUGAUGAUGGUAGGGAAAUGCAUGAUGAUGAUGGUAGGGAAAUGCAUGAUGAUGAUGGUAGGGAAAUGCAUGAUGAUGAUGGUAGGGAAAUGCAUGAUGAUGAUGGUAGGGAAAUGCAUGAUGAUGAUGGUAGGGAAAUGCAUGAUGAUGAUGGUAGGGAAAUGCAUGAUGAUGAUGGUAGGGAAAUGCAUGAUGAUGAUGGUAGGGAAAUGCAUGAUGAUGAUGGUAGGGAAAUGCAUGAUGAUGAUGGUAGGGAAAUGCAUGAUGAUGAUGGUAGGGAAAUGCAUGAUGAUGAUGGUAGGGAAAUGCAUGAUGAUGAUGGUAGGGAAAUGCAUGAUGAUGAUGGUAGGGAAAUGCAUGAUGAUGAUGGUAGGGAAAUGCAUGAUGAUGAUGGUAGGGAAAUGCAUGAUGAUGAUGGUAGGGAAAUGCAUGAUGAUGAUGGUAGGGAAAUGCAUGAUGAUGAUGGUAGGGAAUUACAUGAUGAUGAUGGUAGGGAAUUACAUGAUGAUGAUGGUAGGGAAAUGCAUGAUGAUGAUGGUAGGGAAAUGCAUGAUGAUGAUGGUAGGGAAAUGCAUGAUGAUGAUGGUAGGGAAAUGCAUGAUGAUGAUGGUAGGGAAAUGCAUGAUGAUGAUGGUAGGGAAUUACAUGAUGAUGAUGGUAGGGAAUUACAUGAUGAUGAUGGUAGGGAAAUGCAUGAUGAUGAUGGUAGGGAAAUGCAUGAUGAUGAUGGUAGGGAAAUGCAUGAUGAUGAUGGUAGGGAAAUGCAUGAUGAUGAUGGUAGGGAAAUGCAUGAUGAUGAUGGUAGGGAAUUACAUGAUGAUGAUGGUAGGGAAUUACAUGAUGAUGAUGGUAGGGAAAUGCAUGAUGAUGAUGGUAGGGAAAUGCAUGAUGAUGAUGGUAGGGAAAUGCAUGAUGAUGAUGGUAGGGAAAUGCAUGAUGAUGAUGGUAGGGAAUUACAUGAUGAUGAUGGUAGGGAAUUACAUGAUGAUGAUGGUAGGGAAAUGCAUGAUGAUGAUGGUAGGGAAAUGCAUGAUGAUGAUGGUAGGGAAAUGCAUGAUGAUGAUGGUAGGGAAUUACAUGAUGAUGAUGGUAGGGAAUUACAUGAUGAUGAUGGUAGGGAAAUGCAUGAUGAUGAUGGUAGGGAAAUGCAUGAUGAUGAUGGUAGGGAAAUGCAUGAUGAUGAUGGUAGGGAAAUGCAUGAUGAUGAUGGUAGGGAAAUGCAUGAUGAUGAUGGUAGGGAAUUACAUGAUGAUGAUGGUAGGGAAAUGCAUGAUGAUGAUGGUAGGGAAAUGCAUGAUGAUGAUGGUAGGGAAAUGCAUGAUGAUGAUGGUAGGGAAAUGCAUGAUGAUGAUGGUAGGGAAAUGCAUGAUGAUGAUGGUAGGGAAUUACAUGAUGAUGAUGGUAGGGAAAUGCAUGAUGAUGAUGGUAGGGAAAUGCAUGAUGAUGAUGGUAGGGAAAUGCAUGAUGAUGAUGGUAGGGAAAUGCAUGAUGAUGAUGGUAGGGAAAUGCAUGAUGAUGAUGGUAGGGAAAUGCAUGAUGAUGAUGGUAGGGAAAUGCAUGAUGAUGAUGGUAGGGAAAUGCAUGAUGAUGAUGGUAGGGAAAUGCAUGAUGAUGAUGGUAGGGAAUUACAUGAUGAUGAUGGUAGGGAAAUGCAUGAUGAUGAUGGUAGGGAAAUGCAUGAUGAUGAUGGUAGGGAAUUACAUGAUGAUGAUGGUAGGGAAAUGCAUGAUGAUGAUGGUAGGGAAAUGCAUGAUGAUGAUGGUAGGGAAAUGCAUGAUGAUGAUGGUAGGGAAAUGCAUGAUGAUGAUGGUAGGGAAAUGCAUGAUGAUGAUGGUAGGGAAAUGCAUGAUGAUGAUGGUAGGGAAAUGCAUGAUGAUGAUGGUAGGGAAAUGCAUGAUGAUGAUGGUAGGGAAUUACAUGAUGAUGAUGGUAGGGAAUUACAUGAUGAUGAUGGUAGGGAAAUGCAUGAUGAUGAUGGUAGGGAAAUGCAUGAUGAUGAUGGUAGGGAAAUGCAUGAUGAUGAUGGUAGGGAAAUGCAUGAUGAUGAUGGUAGGGAAAUGCAUGAUGAUGAUGGUAGGGAAUUACAUGAUGAUGAUGGUAGAGAAUUACAUGAUGAUGAUGCAGUAAUGCCUGCCUGCCUGAUCACAUGA